GACAGAGACGGAGUCAGUCAUCAUGGCUACCUUCUCAACAUCACAACCUCUCUCCCUGCCACGUCAUCCAACCUCCUCCAAUCCCAAUCAACCAACCACCAAUAACGAACGCUCCCGCCACACAAUCUCCCUGAUCGACCGUUGCUCAAACCUCCGACAUCUCAAACAAAUCCACGCCCAAAUGGUCCGUACGGGUCUCUUCAACGACUCUUACUCAGCCAGCAAGCUCUUCGCCCUCGCUUCCCUCUCUCCCUUCGCUUCCCUCGAUUACGCCUGCAAGGUGUUCGAUCAAAUUCCCCAACCAAACUCCUUCACUUGGAACACACUCAUCCGCGCUUACGCCUCAGGACCGGAUCCCGUAAGAAGCAUCUUGGUAUUCCUUGACAUGGUUUCCGACAGCCGAUACGGUCCCAACAAGUACACUUUCCCUUUCCUCAUCAAAGCCGCUUCCGAAGUUUCGUCCUCCUCUCUUGGUCAGUCUCUUCACGGGAUGGCUAUUAAAUCAGCUGUUGGAUGUGAUGUCUUCGUGGCGAAUUCUUUGAUUCAUUGUUACUUCUCUUGUGGUGAUUUGGAUUCGGCUUGUAAAGUUUUCACUACGAUUCAAGAAAAGGAUGUUGUUUCUUGGAACUCGAUGAUCACAGGGUUUGUGCAAAAGGGGUUUCCAGAUAAGGCGUUGGAGCUUUUCAAUAAGAUGGAGACGGAGGAGGAUGUUAAGGCCACUCAUGUCACUAUGGUUGGUGUCUUGUCUGCUUGUGCAAAGAUGCGGAAUCUCGAGUUUGGGAGACGGGUUUGUCGUUACAUCGAAGAGAACAGAGUGAAGGUGAACUUGACGUUGGCUAAUGCGAUGCUUGAUAUGUACACAAAGUGUGGAAGCAUAGAGGACGCGAAGAGGCUGUUUGAUACGAUGGAGGAGAGAGAUAAUGUGACGUGGACGACAAUGCUUGAUGGGUAUGCGAUUUUGGAAGAUUACGAAGCGGCUAGAGAGGUUCUUAACUCUAUGCCUAAGAAGGAUAUUGUUGCUUGGAAUGCUCUUAUAUCUGCUUAUGAGCAGAAUGGUAAACCUAACGAGGCGCUCUUAGUGUUCCAUGAGCUGCAGCUUCAGGAGAAUAUUAAGCUGAAUCAGAUCACUUUGGUGAGUACUUUAUCGGCUUGUGCUCAGGUAGGGGCGCUGGAGUUAGGUAGAUGGAUACAUAGCUAUAUCAAGAAACAUGGCAUUAGGUUGAAUUUUUACGUUACGAGUGCUUUGAUUCAUAUGUAUUCGAAAUGCGGAGAUCUUGAAAAGGCACGUGAGGUGUUUAGUUCUGUAGAGAAGAGAGAUGUGUUUGUGUGGAGCGCAAUGAUUGGUGGCUUAGCGAUGCAUGGAUGUGGAAACGAAGCUUUGGACAUGUUCUUUAAAAUGCAGGAGGCUAAUGUAAAGCCUAAUGGUGUGACCUUCACCAACGUCUUCUGUGCUUGUAGCCAUAGUGGUCUUGUGGAUGAGGCUGAGUCGUUAUUCGGAAAAAUGGAGUCAACUUAUGGUAUUGUCCCUGAGGACAAACAUUACGCUUGCAUAGUCGAUGUUCUUGGCCGCUCAGGUUAUCUUGAAAAAGCUGUGAAGUUCAUAGAAGCGAUGCCGAUUCCUCCAAGUGCUUCUGUCUGGGGAGCGCUUCUAGGAGCUUGUAAGAUCCACGCCAAUCUGAGCCUCGCUGAAAUGGCUUGUACACGUUUGCUUGAGCUGGAACCUAGGAACGAUGGCGCACACGUGUUGUUAUCAAACAUAUACGCAAAGUCUGGUAAAUGGGAAAGCGUUUCUGAGCUGAGGAAGCACAUGAGAGUCACUGGACUUAAGAAAGAGCCAGGAUGCAGCUCAAUUGAGAUAGAUGGGAUGAUCCACGAGUUUCUCUCUGGAGACAAUGAGCACCCGAUGUGUGAGAAGGUGUAUGGGAAGUUAAACGAGGUUAUGGAGAGGUUGAAAGAGAAUGGCUAUGAGCCAGAGAUGUCCCAGGUUCUGCAGAGUAUCGAUGAAGAAGAGAUGAAGGAGCAGUCUUUGAAUCUGCAUAGUGAGAAGUUGGCGAUAUGUUAUGGACUGAUAUCAACGGAGGCUUCAAAGACGAUUCGGGUUAUUAAGAAUCUAAGGGUGUGUGGAGAUUGUCACUCAGUUGCUAAGCUAAUAUCUCAGCUCUAUGAUAGAGAGAUCAUAGUGAGGGAUAGGUAUCGGUUUCAUCAUUUUAGAAAUGGACAGUGUUCUUGUAACGAUUUCUGGUGAAAAGUUCAGAUUCUUUUUCAUUGUCAAAAUUUUGUAUUACAAUUAUUUCAUGAUCAUCAAUGUAGUGAUAUAUAUAUGGACUUCCUCUCUGUGCCA